UUUGGUUGCACCUUGCAUGUAUUUCCGGUGUAACAUGCGCGUGUGCUUCAAUUCAUACGACUGCGCUUUACGAAAUAUAAAAGCUGAUACAGUAAAGCAUUUAAAUUUGAAUUAAUUUAACGUCGUCUUCCAUUUAAUCGAAGAUGAAAUUACUCACCCAUAACAUGCUAACAUCCCACGUGAAGGGGGUUACAAAAGGUUAUCCACUACUUAUUAAGGCAACGGAGGUGAAAGUGAGCGAAGUCGAGUUCAAUCCUGAGUUUGUUUCCCGAAUGAUCCCAAAACUGGAAUGGGUCGCCUUGGUGCAGGCUGCAGAAGGACUGGGCCAUCUGAACGAACUUCCUGUAGAACUUGUUCCUGACUUUGAGAAAAAUGAAGAAUUUUUGCGCAGAGUCCACCGUGUGCUUCUAGAGGUAGAAGUGGUGGAAGGCUGUCUGCGCUGCCCAGAAUCAGGCAGAGAAUUCCCAAUAUCCCGUGGCAUUCCGAACAUGCUGCUGAAUGAGGAUGAGGUCUGAAAAGUUAAAGGGUACUCCUCACUCUGGACGUGUGUGUUUAAAUGUUAACAUGAUUGAAUGUUCAAAACAAAAGUUUGUGAGUUGCAUCAGUAAAGCACCAAACCUGAAGUCACCAAUGCUCAGUUUGUUUUGGGACCCAGAGUGAAGGGUGUUUCAAGCUGCAGAACAUCAUCUGUGCUGAUCUGAUCUUUGUCACUGGACAUGCCUUUAAUGUUGCAUUAUUCAGCAAUUUUAACAUUUAUUUGCACUGUGUGUAAUAAAGCUGUGGGUCACACAGGUUCUGGACAAACACAGACUGACACUGUUCUGUGUCCAGGGUAAUGAUGACCUAACUUAAGUAUGUAAACAUGCAUAAUCUAAAUUGGCACACUUCCUUUUGACUUUUGCUUUCUGUUUUAUAAGCAUUUGUUCUGUAUAUGGACACAGAUAUUUUGUGUUUUGGAAUCUAAAGAAAUUUAAAUAAAAUGGAAAAAAAUCCUAUUAAUGUUUUGUAUUAGAAAA